UAAAUCUACACGGUGUAGGUUACACUGUUAAUCCGUACAAAUGUUUAAUCUUUAAAUCCGAUUUAAAUUAGUUUCACAUCGUUAUGAACUGAAAUGUGAGUUAUACCGUUGUUACAGAAACCACUAAACACCCUGAGAACCUAAAAUCUUGCGCUAAUAACACCACCCUCACCAGGGCGACGUUUAUUUAAUGCCGUUCACUAUUCUGGUGCCCUAUUUAGUGCGGAUGUGGACGCGACCUCCUGUAGUGACGGUUAGCCGCUAGCAUAGCAGCUCCUGUAGCGCAGCUAUCCGCAGCAUCAUGGCGGAGCGAAGCCUCUCAUCUGCGGCUCCGGCUACCGGCCACAGUCCGCAAGCAGGAACCACAGCUAGUUGGCCGAUUGUCAAGGAUGCGUACGAGCUGCAGGAUGUUAUAGGCAGUGGAGCCACAGCUGUAGUCCAGGCUGCUCUCUGCCUUCCUCGACAAGAACGUGUAGCCAUCAAGAGAAUUAACCUGGAGAAAUGCCAGACCAGCAUGGAGGAACUACUGAAAGAAAUCCAAGCCAUGAGUCAGUGCAACCAUCCGAAUGUAGUGACAUAUUAUACCUCAUUUGUGGUGAAGGAUGAGCUUUGGCUGGUUAUGAAACUACUGAGUGGAGGAUCAGUAUUGGACAUUAUAAAGCACACAUGUAGCAAAGGAGAGCACAAAAAUGGCGUAUUGGAUGAAGCCACAAUAGCAACUAUUUUAAAAGAGGUUUUAGAGGGUCUCGAUUACCUGCACAAAAAUGGACAAAUUCACAGGGAUGUGAAAGCUGGGAACAUCCUGUUGGGAGAGGACGGCUCAGUGCAGAUAGCAGACUUUGGUGUGAGCGCGUUUCUGUCGACCGGAGGAGACGUAACCAGACAUAAAGUUAGGAAAACCUUUGUGGGAACUCCGUGUUGGAUGGCACCAGAGGUGAUGGAACAGGUACGAGGUUAUGAUUUCAAAGCAGACAUUUGGAGUUUUGGGAUCACUGCCAUAGAGUUGGCCACAGGAUCUGCACCCUAUCACCGAUACCCUCCUAUGAAGGUCUUAAUGCUGACGCUGCAGAACGAUCCCCCUACUUUAGAGACAGAAGUGGAGGAUAAAGAGAUGCUAAAGAAAUAUGGGAAAUCUUUUAGAAAACUAAUAACUCUGUGCCUUCAAAAGGACCCAACUAAGAGGCCAACCGCUUCAGAACUUUUGAAAUGUAAAUUUUUCCAAAAAGCCAAGAACCGGGAAUACUUGAUUGAAAAGCUGCUUUGUAAAGGACCAAAUAUAAGCCAAAGAGCUAAAAAGGUGCCAGUGGAGAGGCAAACGGAUGCUGGCCUGACGGUGUGUUCAGAGAGAGCGCGUGAUGCUGGGAGAAGGGUGAGGCGAGUGCCAGGAUCGAGCGGUCGCUUGCACAAGAUGGAGGACGGAGACUGGGAAUGGAGUGAUGAUGAGAUGGAUGAGAGGAGUGAAGAAGGGAAGGCGGCUGUCAAUCAAGGCAGGUCACGGAGGGUCAAAGAUGAAAACCAGCAUGGGGAAGUGAAUGCCAACAAUGUCCCUAUAGAAGGUCUGUCCAUUCAGCAUCCCCAGAUUCAAACUCUGGAAAAAAACCCAAGCACUCAGGGUGCGGUGAACAUGGUCCUGAGGCUAAGGAACUUAAAGAAGGAGUUGAAUGACAUACGGUUUGAAUUCACGCCAGGCCGAGAUACUGCUGACGGUGUUUCUCAGGAACUGUUUUCUGCUGGUCUGGUCAAUGGACAUGAUGUUUUAGUCGUUGCUGCAAACCUUCAGAAAAUUGUAGAAGACCCAGUUACCUAUAAAGUGUUGACCUUUAAACUGGCAAACUUGGAGCUGUGAACUACACACAGGUAAUUUGUAUAAUCUGAGUAGGAGGCCAGAAAAUGGAUUUAAGCAGCUGCGUAACCCUGCGUAAGUCUGAACAUCCUUGUGUAAAUUUCCUUGUGUAAAUCUUCAUGGACUUAAAAUGUCAAAUCUGAAAAUGGCCCAUAAAGUGAAAUCUAGCAGCUGCAGUCAGUACAGUGCUAAGGAGCAGUGUCUGUGUGAACAUGUUUGAUAGGGCAUCUUUUGUUCACAUUACUCCAUCAUGCAGAAUGUGAAAGCGAAUCACACAUUUACUCUGCUACAUCAGGCUGAGAUGAUAUAUCUAUGAUUGUGCAGGUGCACACGCAGUAAAUAUGUUCCGCUUUCCUGUUUUCUCUCACUGUAAUUCAUAACGUUUCACCGGGCGGAUUUAUGUGAUGUGCCAUUGCAUUGCGCUCUCUGCAGCACAGUGUUGUCCUUAUUGGCUGACUGUAGUCAAAGGGAAAGUGUCAACAGAUAUGAGUUUUUCAUCACUGGCCCUUUCAGCUUUGUGAAAACACACCCACAAUUCUCCCAGCCUGGCUGUAAAUUGUUUAGUGCUGUCUUGCCAAAAUCUGCUGUUCCAUCUAUGUGAGGCAAAGUGUGUGAGAGCAAGAUCGAUCACCCCUCCGGCCCUCUGCAGCGUCUCAGAGUGUGUGUUAGCUGUGAUAAGGACCACCGCUGCACACACACAGAGGCUGUACUUUGCAUACCAAAGCAGAGACCAAGCCUUUCCAGACGGAAGAAUUGUAUAUUUGUUGAUGAUUUUCCACCUGUAGUUUUCUCUCCUGCUAAUACAGGCAUUACUUUGUUCCCUCUCAUUUUGGAAGUUUUGGCUUUUAUCGAUCAGUUUCUUACAGCUUCUCGUAACAGGUGCCAAAAAGAAAAAAAAUAAAUCAAUAUGACACAAAGGCCCACUGUGUGAGCUGCUGAGGUUAAUAAUAAUUUUACCUUUUUAUCUUAACGUUUUUUUAUUUUUUGUUUUUAAACCUACAGCAACUUAGAAAUGAAUGUAAAUGAAAAGAAUCCUCAUUUCAUGUUAGACCAGCACGAUUCAAUUGGAUUUCCAGAGAUGUGGAAUCAUCCACGCUUUGUUUGGAAAACUCAUUAGAAGUGAGCUCUAGGUUUGUGCUUGAGCAGUACAGGAGGUUGCUCAGUGCGAGUGUGUGCCUGUGCUUUCUUUUUUCAGUCAGGAAAUCAGGUCUGAAAAUAGAUGUGCAUGGGUCAUGCAUCAUCUGUGGGAACCAUAAAGUGCUGAGCAGAAGCAGAAUGAAUGGAUCCAACGCAACAGCACUCCUCCACCUCUUCAUCUGCAGCAUAUAACACACACACGCACACUGAUCCUUUCCUAUUCCCCAAAACUAUACUUACAGUAAAGACAAACAGUAGGUUGGUUUUGUAGGUAAUCAAGAAUGCCAACACUUAAACGCUUCUCUUAAUGCCAGCCCUGUGCUAGUCUCAAACCGUUAGCUGAAUGUCUGAUUCAUAUGAAGCACAAAAUUGUAAACACAUGAGUUUUGAAGUAGUCAUCCGAUUGGUUGGAUUUUACAAGAUUUCGGUGAGACGCACGUCUCUAUUUCCCUCGUGUUUAUGGGAAGCAGCUGAACACUGGGUUUUUCAAAUGAUGUAAAGUUACAUCAUUGUAUACGUUCUCAUUAAUUUGCAGGACUUUCCUUUCACCCCGUUACAUUUUCCUGCCUCUAUACAUGACGCUGAACAAAAUGUACUGUGAUCGAUUGCUUUACACGUCAGUCAGGAAGGUCCUUGUCUGUCCUUGGCUAAUAAUUGCUGCUACUGGUCCCAGAAAUUCCACCGUCAGUCUGAAGGUCUGGCUACAGGAGACUAGCUAGCUUUUAAUCUUUCCCACAUCCUCUACUAGUGUACUGUAUAGGCUAAAAUUGCUAGGUGUCAGAACUGACAAUUGUAGUGCUGCUAUCCUAAAGACUUGUACUAAAGCGUCUUAAGUUUUUUCUUCUUCUUUAAACUGUGACUGUGGUAAAUAACUGAAAGCUGAAUUUCCAAAAGUGAAGCUGUAUGUGUGAUCUAUUACUUUGAGAUUAGCGAUUAUAAAUACAAAUGAACAUGACCAUUGGACAUUCAAUGAAACAGGGAGGGUAUAGUAUAUAUCCUGAAUAACUGCUGAACCUGAUUUUUUGUGUGUGUGUGUGUUUGUGU